CGAUCAGUGAAGGGAGGUGCCUGGAGAUACUGGUGAGUUCUGACUGUGACAGUGAAAUUUGACUUCUCUUGCAGAUCGAUAGGCAGCAGUUUGAAGAGACCGUCCGAACGCUCAACAACCUCUAUGCAGAAGCUGAAAAACUCGGGGGCCAAUCUUACCUGGAAGGGUGUCUGGCCUGUCUGACUGCCUACACCAUCUUCCUGUGCAUGGAGACACACUAUGAAAAGGUUCUAAAGAAAAUUGCCAAGUUCAUUCAGGAACAGAACGAGAAGAUCUACGCUCCUCAGGGCCUCCUUCUGACAGACCCCAUUGAGAGAGGACUAAGAGUUAUUGAAAUUACCAUUUAUGAAGACAGAGGUAUGACCAGUGGAAGAUAAAACUGUGGACUCAGCAGACAGCUCAAGAGUGGACUUGCUGUAUCCAAGUUCCCCUACCUCCUACUUUAGAGCAUCAUUCCUUUCUCUGCUGCCAGAUCCACAGUGCCAUCUACUACAAGGACUAACUUCCUCAAACUGCUCCGUGUGGAGUGACCUAGCUGGUCAGCAUCCAUUUUGUGGCAAA